CCGCGGCGCAGGUACACACAGGUCGGACGGUCAGUCUCACCACGGAGUUCGUCAGUCCGACGACGGAUAGGGAAAGGGGAGAACGUAGUGUUCGCGCGAGAUCUCUCGUAUCUAACUACCACGCUUCUCUCUCGAGAUUUUGCUUCGCAUCUCGACUCGGAUGCCCCGCAUAGAAGAACCUCGACGGCAGGUAACGUGCGAACGUAAGAGAAAUCGAGCAACGGAUGCGCAUGUUGGCAUGCGUUAACAUACGUUAACGAGAUUAACACGCGUUAACAGAGGUUGACACACGAGGAAGAAAUACACACGGGAGAAGCAGGAGAGAAGGAUAGUGGCACGCGAGAGAAGAAGGCGGGAGACAGGUGAAAAGGGAGAGAGAGUAACUGUCAGCUUACCGAUUGUACUGGGGCUGCAUCUGCCGCACAAAAGCACAGCUUGCGCACUGUUACGCCGCGUUACCGAGCUACUUGCGCGAACCACUGAACUGUGCCGCUCGGUCAUCCCUGCCGAGCCAGUCGAGAGCUUUCGUGCGAAGUGUUUACGUCGUCGCGCGGUGAAACACACGCUCCUGUUACCGCCUGUCUGUUUCUGCUGUUCGCGUUAUCCUUUCGUGUGCUCCUCUUACGCGUUUCCUUUUACCUACUUUGCGCUCAUUCAUCUUCUUCUCUUCGUUCUCUCCUGUUUGCAUUCUGUCAGUCGAUCGGUUAAGUAACCGGUUAAGCUGAAUCAGCUGGUGACGUUGUUUUGUUUUGGACUGUAUCGUCUCGUCACGUGUGACACGAGCUUCCAUCUAUUACAUAAUCUUACAUAUAUUCGUGAAUGUCCAUAAAUCAGUGAAUCGUCUCCAUCGACUCGUUUUUUAGCGCGUAAUCGUGCAACCUAGUCGUGUUUACGUAGGGGACAGGUCUUGUCGCUGUUCGAGAAAGUGAAACGGGAACGAAACUUUCUCGUCGCGUGUGAGGGGUAAAAGGAUUGAAAAGUCCCGGGGCAAACUGGUCGGCGACUAAGCGUGUUUCGACGAGGAAAAGUGCAGUGAAAUGAGAACUGUUUGCCCGGCUUUCUGAAUCGGUUGAUAUCUUCUUAACAACGAAGCGACGCGACGGUCGAAAGCGUACGCGCCGUCAUAUUCCCGUAGGAUUAAACCGCGCGUCCAUCCACGGAACCUUAUCGUCCAUCGUGGUGCUGUCGUUAAUAUAUGCCGUUGUUAGCUCGCGUCAGCGUAUGUGAUACGGCGACGCGCGAGUAAGGGAGCCGUUUGGUCGAUCUUGGUGAACUGUUGUGCGGCAAAGUGACCUCCACAAAGUGCAACGACGACAAAACCAUACAGCCUCGAGACGUGAUCGUCAGCAUCAAUGAUAAACGGAACCAGAGCAUCGAAUUAAGGACGAUCGCUGACCUCUCCAACGUCAAGAAUAGUAGCUCUACCGAGCACGCGGACUCCAACAAGCAGAUUCUGACCACCAGUCUGACGUGUCACUAUGCUGCAGUGAUGGACGGUGAGGGUACGCUGGGCCGCGGUCACGGAAAUGGGGGCCGUGGGCUGCGCCGUCAACGGUCCCUGGAAUGGCGAGAGAGGCGCGGUUACGGGCCCAGUGCCCAGUCGAGCAGCGACGACGAGGAAAAUUCCCGUCACGCCGUUGGUGCCGCGUCCGUUUCAUCCGCCGGUAGAGGCGCUCGCAGUCCAGGCCAGGUCUUCGCCUCCCUCUUGGCGCAGCAGUAUGGAAGCGUUGGUGACCGAUCGUAUCGUACAGGAUCCGACACAGAGGGCGCCGCUACUACCGAUAAUCCGACAACACCAUUCCCAACGCCGCCUCCAACCUUGACGCCGAAUCAUCGACAGGCAUCUCCGUUUCCCCUGGAGAGCACCAACUCUCGCCGGCAUCAUUACAAUGGGAGCAUAUCAUCGGAGAGAUCCCGCAAUGGCAACGGUGAAACGGUUUAUGCGGCGCCAUCGAAAAAGACGAGCACCGGUGGCGGGACCUUGGGGCGACGAACGCGACGAGGUCACACGAGUGCUUUGAGUAGCAGCUCCACGGCCAGCGAUCGUUCCGAAACCGUCUUCCCAGACGAGCAUUCUCGCAUGCAUCUCACCAAUGCACUGUCCAGGCCUAUUUACUUCACAGACACUGGUAGAGAUUCGCCUCCAGAACCAGCACCACCGGAAGUACCACCGCGCGGUCCAUCUCUGCAUGCGACUCACACGCUACGUACGCAACAAAAUCGAAAUGGUUGUCCACCAAAUGCCACGGGAAACUUCGUGCCAACCGAACAGAUGCAGUCGGAGAAGUAUUCGGAGUACUUGAUGUCAGGGAAUCCACGAAGCUACCCGGCUCGGUCCCCAGGGGUCGCUUCCACUCCAACCGUAACCAGGCUUCCGCCGCCGCAGCAGCAGGUGACAGUCGGUUCUCUGGGUGGUGGUUUGGGUGCAGCCGCUGGAAAUGGUGGUACCGGCACGGUGGGCGCCCAAGGUCAAGCUAUGGUAAUGCCAGGAUUUCCACUUCGCGCUGCAGCGGUGCCGCAUUAUUCACCGUAUUCGCCGUCACGUUUUCACAUCGACAAACGGUGCCAGCACAGAUGCUCCUGGAAGUGUUUCUCGAUCGCACUGAUCCUCCUCGCUGUUGCGCUGACAGCGAUGCUGGCUUACUUCGCCACAGUGAGCUCCAUGCGGCCGAUAGACAGCACGAAAUGCGUAGUGGUCCAAGACGUGAAGGCUGUCACUCAUGAGAACGCGCACGUUCACGACCCGAUAUCAACGCAAAUACCCACCGAAGAGUCGUUGCCGACGAGCACGGCAGAGCACUCGAGUGCGUCGGACAGUGCCGGGGACCAACAGAGUGACCCUCAGAUUCAGCAAUCAGCACAGCAAUGGCCGGCGGUGCUCGAGCUGCAGGCGUACAACGUGGCUCACUCGGCUGUGAUCUCGCCUUACCAUUUCUGGAACACCGAGUUCCGGAACAAGCAGCCCGCCUUCAUCCGACUGAACCUUACUCUACCCUGGGGCGCGAACUUCGCCGUCUACGGAAGACGAAACGUCGCCCCGAGUGUCACGCAAUACGAUUUCGUAGAAUUCGUGAAAGGUGGCAGAGUGGAUCAUAGGCUGAAACGAGACACUAGCUCGGAGGCUGUCAGUUUCAUGAAAACAGCUGCGACUGAAGCGCGAUCUAGCGACAAUCGGUCGUACCAACAUGUGUUGAUCAAAAGAACGAUCGUAGAGCCGAUGAUGGUGAACGUUAGCCUGCUACAGUAUCUGGAUACCGGACGUUGGUUCCUUUCCGUGUAUAACGACGAGUUGCAGCCAUACAAGGUCACCCUGGUUGUGACAGAAGCCGAGGGGGUAUCGACUACCUGCCCCAACGACUGUUCUGGAAGAGGAUCCUGUUAUCUUGGAAAGUGUGACUGCAUCGAUGGCUAUCAGGGGGCCGAUUGCAGUAAGAGCGUGUGCCCGGUGCUGUGCUCGUCUCAUGGACAAUAUGGUGGUGGUAUGUGCCACUGCGAAGACGGCUGGAAAGGUGCCGAAUGCGAUAUACCAUUAGGAGACUGCCAAGUUCCUGAUUGCAAUCAACACGGACAGUGCGUCAGAGGAUCGUGUGUUUGUAAUCCUGGCUGGAAAGGCUCCUUCUGCGACGAACCUGAUUGUUCGGAUCCAAACUGCAGUGGUCACGGCGCCUGCGUUGCUGGCAAAUGCUAUUGCAAAGCAGGUUGGCAGGGUGAAAGGUGUAACCAGGUCGACCAGCAGGUGUACCAAUGUCUGCCUCGUUGCUCUGACCACGGCACGUACGACCUCGAAUCCGGAAGUUGCGUCUGCGAGGGACACUGGACCGGUGUAGAUUGUUCACAACCAAGCUGUGGCCUCGAUUGCGGACCACACGGAACCUGCGAGCAGGGUCUUUGCAAGUGCAACGACGAUUGGACUGGAACCAAGUGCGAUCAAAAACCGUGCGAUGCACGCUGUGCGGAACAUGGCCAGUGCAAAAAUGGAACUUGCGUUUGCAGUCAGGGAUGGAACGGGCGACAUUGCACGUUGCCUGGAUGCGAGAACGGAUGCAGUCGCCACGGACUGUGCACUCUGCAAGAUGGCGAAUACAGUUGCGGAUGUUCAACCGGCUGGGCGGGAAGGGAUUGCAGCAUACGACUCGAAAUGGAAUGUAAUGACUUUAUUGACAACGAUCAGGAUGGCAUGAUGGACUGUUCUGACAGCGAGUGUUGCUCGCACGCAGCUUGCGCAGAGCAUAUCAUGUGCCUUACUAGUAAUAAUCCCGUGGACGUCCUUCUCCGCAAACAACCGCCCAGCGUGACCGCGUCCUUUUACCAGCGCGUGAAAUUCCUCGUUGAGGAGAACAGCGUACAAAGCUACGCUCAUAUGAACGAGUACACCGAAAGUACGUUCUGGAGUUCCUUUACACCGCGUCGAGUUGCGGUGAUGCGAGGCCAAGUUGUAACCGAACAAGGAAUUGGAAUAGUAGGCAUCAGGGUAUCCGUGGACAGGGACCCUCGCUUUGGAUUCACGUUAACCAGAGCUGAUGGAUGGUUCGACGUGUUGGUGAACGGAGGCGGUGCGGUGACGCUUCAGUUCCAGCGUAGCCCCUUCAAACCCCUCACGAGGACGGUAUUCGUGCCAUGGAAUCAAAUAGUGGUUCUGCCUCCUGUGGUGAUGACCCUUAACGAGGAAGGCGAAUCUCAUAAAUCUAACCAACCUCCGAGUCCAGCUGUCGGCUCCCCAGGGAUAUCGAUGGGACUAUUUAGCGAGCAUGGCCCGUGCCUGGAGCACGAUCACGAGCUGUUAAGGCCCAUCAUCGUCAGCACUUGGAUGCCAGAAAAAGUGGGCGACCUUCCAGGCAAAAGUUUGGUCUUCGCUGAAAGUCAGAUCGUCCAGGAGAGCAUCGCCAUUCCGGGCUCGAAUCUACACUUGAUGUACCAGAGCAGCCAGGCGGCUGGUUACUUAUCGACUGUGAGAAUGCAGCUGACCGGGCCAUUCAUCCCAAAAUCGCUGACGCAUGUGCACGUGCACGUGGAGAUCGAAGGGUCACUGCACACGAAGACCUACGAGGCAGAUCCAAAUUUGACGCACACAUUCGCCUGGAACAAGCGAAACGUUUACAAGCAGAAGGUGUAUGGUGUGGCACAGGCGAGAAUUUCGAUCGGCUAUCAACAUUCCACUUGUCCAGCAGUGAUUUGGGAGACACAAACAGCCACGUUGCAAGGCUUUGACGUAGAUAUCUCGGAUAUUGGAGGCUGGGGUUUAGACAUUCACCAUCACUACAACUUCCACGAAGGCAUACUUCAAAAAGGAGAUGGUACCACGAUGCAUUUCAAGCAGUACCCUCGCACAGUGAAGGUGGUAAUGGGUACUGGACUGCAGAGAAGCUUGGUGUGCCAGGAUUGCGAUGGUUUGGCUAAGGAUGCUAGGUUGUUGACACCCGUAGCGCUUACUAGUGGCCCAGAUGGAAGCAUUUAUGUAGGAGACUUCAAUUUAGUCCGCAGGAUUACACCCGAAGGAAAUGUAUAUACUGUUCUGACUUUGAGUGCAACUCAAGUGGCUUACGAAUAUUAUCUCUGCGUUUCUCCGGCGGACGGACACUUAUAUAUCAGUGACCCAGAAAAACAUCAAAUAUUAAAAGCUUUGUCGCUGAAGAAUGUCCAACAUCCUAACCUCAAUAUCGAGCCCGUCGUCGGGAGCGGAGAAAGAUGCAUUCCUGGCGACGAAAGUCAUUGUGGUGACGAAGGUCCAGCUAUCCGUGCCAAAUUGGCUCAUCCAAAAGGAAUCGCUAUCGCUGCCGACAAGACCAUGUACAUCGCUGAUGGAAGGAACAUACGCGCGGUAGAUCCCCACGGUAUCAUCCACACGUUAGUGGGACACCAUGGACACCAUAAUCACUGGUCACCAGCUCCAUGCGUUGGUGCUAUACCUGCUCAUCAAGCUCAACUACAAUGGCCGACUGGAUUAACCUUAAGUCCUCUGGAUGGAUCUCUUCACUUCAUCGAUGACAGACUCGUUUUGAAACUCACCAGUGAUCUAAAAGUUCGUGUAGUAGCUGGAACGCCCCUGCAUUGCACUAGUAACACUAACAGCAAUGGGAACAACAAUGAUAAUGACCUGAAAAAGGUGAAUGCGACGACUACUACCAGUCUAAAGAAAUCCGAUGAAGUUCUUGGUUCUGUACUUGCUGUCAGCUUCAGUCCAACUGGAGAACUUUACAUAGCAGAAAGUGAUUCACACAAAGUAAAUUCUAUCAAGAUUGUAGAUAGCUCAGGAAAAAUGUCUCAUUUUGCUGGACAACAGCAAGAGCGGUUGCGUGGCCAAUGUGAAUGUAAUAAUACUACUCCAAGCACUAAGGAUUUGGAAAGCUGUUCAUGCACCGAUGACACCAGUAGUACAGAGACCUUAUUGUCGUCGAACGCCAAGUUUACCGCCAUUUCUGCUCUAGCCGUGUCACCAGAUGGCGUCCUACACGUGGCUGAUCAGGGUAGCCUUCACAUUCUUGCCUUACAACCCUAUCUUCCAAAUCACGACGAAAGUGGAGAGUUCCAUAUUCCUUUCCCACCAUCGAACGAAGUGUAUGUGUUUAAUCGAUAUGGUCAACACAUUUCCACGAAGGACUUGACGUCUGGUAAAACUCGAUAUUCGUUCUUGUAUAGCAAAAAUACAAGCUUUGGAAAGUUGUCUACUGUGAGAGACAGUGCUGGAAAUAAGAUUCAGUUCUUAAGGGAUUAUAGUAGCGUGGUCAAUUCUAUAGAGAAUACGCAAGAUCACAAGUCUGAAUUGAAGAUUUCUGCAGUUGGAUUUUUAGAAAAACUGUCUGAACGUGGUAGAGCCGAAAUUGCACUUGCGUAUGAUGGUUCAACUGGAUUACUGACAAGUAGAUCAGGAGGCGGUGAAACGUACAUCUAUAAUUACGACAGUUUGGGUCGUGUUACUGAUGUCAUUCUACCCACUGGUGAAAAAUUGAAGCUAUUCUCAGAUCUAUCUGACGACGAAGGUUUAUCAGUUAAAGUAUCAGCUCCGCUUCAAGCUUUGUCAAAGGGCGAUAAGCAGAGAAUCGUGGAAUUCAAGAUGAAGAACGAAAGAUCAAAGGUGUUAACGAUUACUGAUGGUACCAAGAUCAAGAAAGCGAUCGCAUUCACUAACAGCAGCCUAGAGGUCCUUCUUCCUGGUGGUGGCAGAGUGCUAAGUGCAGCCACUACAAAACAUCCUCUCCUAGAAGCUGCACUACCUGUGGAGGCUGAAAUGUUGCCAAUGUGGAGCUACCAACUGAUGUCUUUAGGUGAACUAACCAACACAAUGACUACCACCUACAACCUUGUGGGCGAUGUCAGCCACACUCAACAGACUUUGAACAGAGAAAUCUGGGUAAAUGACACUCGCGUGAUUGGUGUAGAAUUCGAACAAGCUUUCAGGCGAGAAACAUUCUAUGACAAAGCAAGAAAUCCAUUGUUGACUGUUACCUUUGACCCUGCUGGUCUUCCUCUGACCUGGCAACCGCAUGAACAAGGUUACAACCUCAGUAUCAUUUAUGAUAGAUUCAAUCGGAUAGAAAGCUGGAAAUGGGGCCCCUCUGAUGAGUCUUAUGGGUACGAUAGGCACGGACAAUUGGCUGAAGUCACUAGCAAUCAGGAUGGAACCAAACGAUAUACCUACAACGAUUUCAACGUAUUAUCCAAUAUUACCCUGGCCAGUGAUAGGCAUUUCACCUUACAAUAUGACGAUGAUGGUGGACUACGUCAUAUCAUUCUCCCAUCGGGAACUAAACAUUCGUUUUCCUGUCAGGCUUCUCUAGGAUUUCUUAGAGUGACCUAUACUCCACCAGGCAGCAGCAGAGCCUACCUUCAACAUUAUAGUCAUGAUGGAAACUUAUUACAAACUGUAUUCCCUGGAGAUGGAGCUCGUAUCGUCUACAGGUAUCACACUUCAGGACAGCUUGCUGAAGUUGUCCACGGUGAUGGAAAGAGUGAAAUUAGAUACACAGAAAGUGGUUUACCUUCAGAAGUUAUCCACUCUGAACGAGACGUAGAGUACAAAUGGGACUAUCAAUACAGCGCUGGUCUAUUAGUUGAGGAACGUAUAGAUUUUGGUGCAAAGACUGGUCUCAGCAACGCCAAGUUUACGUUCGAUUAUGAUUCAAACUUCAGAUUGAUUAACGUACAGGGUAGAAUCGGUGGCCAGACACUUCCAACUCAUACCAUGGCAUAUAGUCCUAGAACAGGUAUGCUGGAGCAGAUUGGACAAUUCAAGAUAACCAGACCUCAGCCUAAUGAAACCACCGUGUUCGAUGGAACUGCGUUGUUCUCAAGAACCACGGAUGAUAGAUUUUUGGAGACCCAAGUGACUUUGACGAUUCAUCAAUUGGAGGUCUUCAGGAUGGAAUUCACACAUGAUACUCGCGAUCGUAUCAACCAGACUAGGACUUAUACGCGCAAUGUUGCUGUUAACACUUACACCAAUGUGAAAAAUUACACCUGGGAUUGUGACGGUCAGCUGACUGGGGUAGAAGCUCAAGAACCAUGGGGAUUCAAGUACGACGCAAACGGAAAUAUGUUGUCAUUGACAUAUCGAGGGAACACUAUACCUAUGGAAUAUAAUAGCUUGGACAGGAUUGUCAAAUUCGGUGAAGGAUUGUAUAAAUAUGAUAACAGAGGUUUGGUGGUGCAGAAUGCUAGAGAAGAGAGAUUCAACUACAACGCUAAAGGACUUUUAGUUCGUGCCACUAAACGUGGACGAUUCGAUGUCAGAUAUUACUAUGAUCAUCUAGAUCGUUUGGCUACUAGGAAAGAUAAUUACGGAAACGUCACCCAAUUUUUCUAUAACAAUCAGAAACGUCCUCAUGAAGUCAGCCAGAUUUACAGUCCAAGGGAUGGUAAACUGAUGUCAUUAGUGUAUGAUGACAGGGGACACUUAAUUUACGCUCAAGUCUAUCGGCAUAAAUAUUAUAUCGCCACCGAUCAGUGUGGAACUCCAAUCAUGAUUUUCAGCCAAUAUGGCGAAGGCAUUAGGGAAAUUAUGAGAUCACCCUAUGGACAUAUCGUUUAUGACUCGAAUCCUUAUUUGUAUUUGCCUGUUGACUUCUGUGGUGGACUCUUAGAUCAGGUAACGUCCUUAGUGCACAUGCCAAACGGCAAAGUUUAUGAUCCACUGAUAGGUCAGUGGAUGUCUCCUUUGUGGGAGAAUGUUCUGGACAGAGUGGACACUCCGACUCAUCUACAUCUAUACAGGUUCAAUGGAAACGAUCCUAUUGAUGUUAGACACACAGACCGACCAAACCAACCAACUGACCACAUAUCAUGGCUGUCGCAUCUCGGCUACGACCUGAAAAGCCUUGCCCCUCAACUUUUCCCUGACGAGCUUCCAGACAGUCUCGUUCCGCCAUCUUUGGGUCCAGGUACCUCCAUAUUUGGCAAGAAGAAGAGAUCCAGAAAUCUUGGUGUGCAAUCAGGUUUCCUAGCCUACAUCGCACAAAGACACUCAGGAGACGCUGUCAGUUUAUCAGCGCCGCCUCGUUCAGCCCUGAAGAAAGACACCAGUGACUUGAUACCCAGUCGCCUGGGUGCAGCCUCGGAUCCUCCAUUUGGAAAAGGAAUCUUGGUUUCAAGGACUACUGAUGGUCAAGCCGUAGUGUCCAGCGUACCAACCGCUAACGCCAUCUAUGGUGAUGUUUUCACCUCCGUAUUCAAUCGGUCGUAUUUCCUUCCGUUCACAUUCGUAGUGCACAGUGCGCAGCAGGACGCCUUCUAUUUUGUCAAGGAAGAAACUUGGCGGGCUAGUGAAGAUCGUGGUCAGUUAAAACGGUUAGGUGGUCAGGUGAAUACGACUUUCCACGAAAGCGAGAACGGAAGUGGUAGCAGUUCGCUGAUAGACGUGAAGAUACAUGGCGCUAGCUAUAUAGUGAACCUGCGUUACGGUACCACAGCUGAAAAAGAGAAACAAAGACUGCUACAUCACGCCAAAGCGACUGCCAUUCGCAAGGCUUGGCAUCGAGAACGUGAAGCACUGAAAGCAAACACACCAACGGCUAUUGAGUGGAUGGUAGCCGAACAGGACGAGAUUCUAAAAUCCGGGUCCGCGUCCAAUUACGAAGGUGAGUACAUCCACGAUGCACAACUGUACCCUGAACUCGCGGAGGAUCCAUACAAUAUCCGAUUCGUAAAGAAGGCAGUUGACCCGUCGAGCAAGAAACGCCGCAGGAGGAGAGGCGCGCCCACGUGCAAGCUCUGGUGGCUAGAUAAAAUCUGCUAAUCGGGUUAAGGUACCGUUAAAUCAGGGAGUCCUCCUCUCCUGACACAUGCCGUUGCCAGGAGAAUUGUCCAAUCGUCGAAGUAACAGGAAUUUCCGAAUUGGCGUAGGUAGAGCGUGUUGUGACGUAUUUGGAAGAGUAUGAAGAAGAGGAUCAGAAACGGAUCAAAGAAGAAAGGAAUAAGAGGAUUGAGCUGCAGCGAGCUAGCUGUCCUCUGUAUGAACGUACUGAACACUAUCAAAAGAAACAAAAAAAAGUUUUAUACCAAAGUCUAUUUGUGUAUUUCGAAGAUGCCAAAAACAUUUAACGUUAUAUCGAUUAUAUUGUACCGCGAUUUAGGGUGUAGUGUGUAAGCAUCUCGGAGAAAAGUUGGUCUCCGCGCGCGACCGUGCUAUCAUAACUCGCGAUUUCUUCGCGAAUUAGCAGAAGCAUAUUAUCGUCGUCGGCCAUCUUAGGAGAAUAGAAUACGUUCCGGGAAGCUCACGUCCUUGUAGCAAUUACGGGAAACGACAAAGAGCUCGUCAACUUGUUGUUCCCCUGCUCGCGAAACAAGAAAGAGUUCCUUGCGAUAACGACUGAAGGAGGAAUUGUCGAGGAAAACAUGGAACGUGAUUAUGUGUGUGUUCAUCAUUAACGAAUGAUCAUGACGAGACAUCGCGUCGUCAUUGAACGUGAGGGAAGAACGACGAAAAGAGGAAUGCAGAAAGCAGGCCAUUCGUCGUUGAGGCGAAUCGAGUGAGAGAAACUAGUCAAUAUAUAGCUUUACAUUGACGUAUAAACUUUUUCCAAUAGAAUAAGGAUACGAGGCGCGACCGUCGAUGUACCACGCGAACAAACAAACUUUAUGUAACCCAUUCGCCCAUUGUUUACCCGCGCGAUACCUUAAUCGUACUUAGAUGAAAAAGAAGAUAAAAGAUCGAUCAAAGAAACGAUUCUGUCGAAAAUAGAUACACAAUAGGUACGAACAUAACCUAUACUUAUCGCAAGUGAACGUAAAAAAAAUACCCAUGCGUGUAUCUCAACAAUGAAUGGCCCUGUAUCGAAUAGGAUCAAGAACAACGUCCUUUGCUAGAAAUGACGAUUGAUCAGCGUCCAAAGUGUCAAUGAAACAUGAGAAGAUGGUGGAAGAAUAUUGGUGUCGUUCGAUAGAAGCGGUCAAUCAACAUGGCGCGUUUCGAAAUCGAUAUUCCGAAUUUAAAAGGUUAAAGUAGGUGAUUGAAAAAGAUGAGAGAAAGAGGCGAUGUUUAUGGUGUAUUAUAAAAGUGGUGCUUUCUCGUGCGAAGAAGAAAAUAUCGGUGCAAUGUUCGACAAUGGUGAGCGUGACUAAUUACAGGACGUCGAUGUACACGUACACACACACUCACACACACGUACACUGCAUAGCGUCGCUAACGUAUUUUUAACGAUGAAUGUGUCCUACCCAACUCCCCUCAUUUAACGCUAGCGUCCACUUCCUCGGAAAUUGAUGUCGCGUCACGUACGAAUUGUUGUUCAAAAGAAAGCGAGAGGAAGAAAGAGAAAUUCUAUCGUCGCGGGAACGAUGAACAAGAAUACUAUAAACAAAGAUCUAUUGCCAUUUUACUUCCUGCGACAAGAAUGACGAGGCAGAAAAAAAUGUCGGACGAGCCAACCGAUGUUUGUAUGUUUAAAUUAGUAUUGAAAAUGAAUGGAGAUGUGUGCGUGUGUGAGAGAGAGAAAGAGAAAGAAAGAAAGAAUAAACUCCAUUAUCGGUAAUAAUACGUAUACACGAGAUAUUAUUGCAUAUUUGUGCUUGCUGGAUAUGAAUAACGGAACGUUAACUAUGUUUCUUCACUGAAUACUAAGUGUGUAUAUCUAAAUUUAAUGCUCGUCAGUACCGAUCGUUUUUGCUGUGUACUGAACGCCAUAUACACCUACGUACAUAAGAAUAUUAUUUAGCACCAACCUCCACCCUAAAACCCAAGUUACUAGAUCACUGCCCGUUCCACGUGCAUAAGUCUUGAACUUUUCUUAAUCCCACCCUUUAUAAUCCUACUCCGACCUGCUCUUCGUUCAAUUUAAACCGUACCUAUUUUUCUUUAUCAUCUCUUUUCUUUUAAUCUCAAUUCUGCCCUAUUAUUUUUCCGCAUUUCUUCAAAAAAUUACAUACUUGUCAUUGAAUAUUUUGCGAAUAUGGCUUUAGACAGUGCCGUUUUUAAAACAGAUAGAUAGCGGCACAGCGACAUUAUCGUCUGGAUAGAUGAGAAAAAUUUAAAAAACAUAUAAAAAAAAGGAAUUACCUUACGCUGAAUGUAUAAACGAAGAAAAAUUACAAAGUAUAUAUAUAUAUAUAUAUAUAUAUAUAUAUAUAUAUAGAGAGAGAGAGAGAGAGAGAGAGAAACAAAGAAAGGGAAGAAAGAAAAAAGAGAUUAUAUAGGAAAGCUUCAUAAACGUAUUUUUGACUCAAGCGAGUGUUUAGAGCUGCAUUGAACAUCAAAAAUCCUCCAAACUCUGUGGUCCAAGCAAGCUCUCGUGACCUAACGAAAUUUAAAAUGGAUUUUUUAAUCUUUUUUUUUACAUUUUUUUAUAUGACUCAAAUACGUUAAAAAUUUGUCGUUUACAUACUCGAUAUCGUAUAUAUUCGAUUAACGUGUUCUUUCGUUCUUCCGCCAUUUUCUCUCGAACUUAUGCUGCCAAUAUCAUAAUCACACCAUUUGGCGGAAGAGCGAGCCGCUUAUACGCGAUAAAGGACUACAAGAACAUUGGUGGACAAACCACGCAUCGAUUCAUGGAUUUCUAAACACUCCACAUUCCUUAACCUUGAUUCCAACCUGUCCCAUUCCUCCGGUUCCCCCAUCCUCGAGCCCCAGUUUAUUCGUAUAAUCUAUACAUACAUAUAUAACGUGUAUAACCGUUGAAUCGGCAAUGGCGUUCAAAGAAUCGACUAUUUUUUAAAACGGCUAAGAAAUGAAAUGAAGUAUCAAAGUGAGUGUCAAAUUAUUAAAAGCGGAUCAGGUCGGCGCGAGUUGAUCGGCGUUUUAAAAGGCGGAUUCAACGUGCAGGGUCGCGAGAACCAUUUUGUCUCAACUGUACUAUUCGAGUAACUAAUUAGCACUAAAGAAGAAAAAAAUAGUAAAAGAAAAAAGGAACGAAAUGAAAAAAAAAGCAAGUGAACAAAUUCGCUCUCUUAACUUCCGUGAAGUUUCGUCUCGUCUCGCUAAAAACUUUCUAUAAGAGAAAUAAAGAAAAAGAUAAACGAACGCGUUCCCCCGAAGUUUUCGAUCGCGGGGUUUACACGCGAAGCAUACUUAUAAAUACGAGUAUAAAUAUAAAUAUAUAAAUAUACGUAUAAAUAUAUAAAUAUAAAUACUUCUGGAAUUAACGGGGUAGAGAAAGCUCGAACGAGAAUAUGAUCGUCAUUAUUACUAACUAUUAUUGCAUUAAUUAUCACUACGACGCAAAGAUACACGGAUUGUACGGGAAACGAACGCGAGAUGUCGUUAUUAAAUAGUUAUGGCCGAGCUAGCUGAAUCCGUCGGACCACACGUGGUGUACUCGAUUCUCGCGAAGCGAACUUCGUCCUUCAAUGAUAGCAAAAAUGAAGUCGAGAUCAAGAACAACACAGAAGUUUGAGCACAAGUUAGAACAUGAGGGUGAUCUAUUCAGAGUGAGCGAGCAAGAAAAAAUGAAAGAGAAACUAGAGAGAGUGCGCGCGUGAAAUAAACGUAUAAAAGAGAUGAAUGAAUGCGCAGUCAGUCAUGCUACAGCUACUACGACCACUACCCUAAGUAGAUUAUGCUACUUCGCCGCUGAUCUAAUUGUUUACUGUCACGUGUUGCUGUAAACCUAAACUAACGAUACGAUAUAUUUUAUUUAUAUAAUCUAAUCGACUGUAUUUAUUGUAAAUAGUCACGAUGUUUGCUAUGAUAUAAUAUAUCUGUAAUUGAAUGGAA